UCUUCCAUAUAUAUAGAUUCCCACCUUCCUUCGCUUUCUGCGCUGAUUGCUUAUGCUUCCCAUUUCUUCUUUUUCGUCUUUCGCGUCCGUGUGUAUGUAUAUAAACCCACCUUUCUCUGUUUCCAGUGCAUAGUACAUAUACUUCCCAAUCGUUUCUCGGAUUUUGAGACCACUCAUUCUGCUCCUUCAUCGUCUUCAUCGUCAUCAUCUUCUCCUGUGAGCGGCUCAAAUCGGUCAACUAAAGCUCUGGAAAGAUGGGUAUGGUGGUGGUGAUAUCUCUGCCUCUGAUUCUCUUCUGCUUAAUUCUGGGUUUUGGAUGCUACUUCCUGGGAAGAGCCAGAGGCAGACAAGAUAUAAAGACGAAUCCUCAAGUCUUCGGUGUGCCCACUCCUCCUCCAAAUUCUUUUCCUCCUCAUUCGCCUCCUCCAACUCACCAUUCAAAGUCAGACAACGCUGAUAAUGUUUGAUCCAAUCAAUAAUUUCCUCUUUCGUAUACUUUUCGGUGUUUGUGUGGGUCGGUGAUCCCUUUUCUUUUGGAGAGAUAUCUUCUUUGUUCGAUGGUUGUGUGGUAUCGGUUGUAAUUGAGUACAAUAUGUACGGCAUUUGAGAUUCGGUUUUAUUUAGUUAGUCGCCUGUUUAGUGUUCCAUGAUGACAAAGGAGGGAACCAAAAGAAAUUCCCCAUAUAUGUUUUGGGAUGCUGUUGGAUUUGAUAUGCUCUGUUUCAUGUAUGAUUUCAACUUUAAAAGACGUUGACGAAUUGCUGGAACAAUGUAUCUGUGUUGAUAUUUUCUAUUGAAGAUAUUAACGGUUGAUAUGCAA